UAUUUCAUUAGUUUGUUUUUUUAAAUAAUUAUGUUCAUCAACAAUUCAAAAGUGAUGGCUGAUUUUGAUUAUUUAAUUUUCAAUAAAUUUUUAUUUAUUGUUACUUUUGUGAGUUUCAAGUGAUUUCAGUGAGAAUUGUGGGUUUUUCCUUCUUUAACUGAGGGGUACCAACAAUUUUGUCCACGUGUGUACCUAAAACAGGUGAGAAGUCUGAAUCUGGCUUGUUUAACCGGAGGCUUACAGUCAGUUAUCAUUCAGCAGUUGCCUCUAAAGUAUGGGCCAACACAACUUUGUCUUAAAUAUGGGUAAAUAUAUUGUGGCAUAUUAUGUUUAGCAGUUUUCUACAUAUUAAUACAUUUGCUGCUCCUUCAUUCUUUGAAGGGUAAAUGGAGAAAACACUAAGUUAUACAUUCAGGGGUGGUUUACAUAUAAAGUUUCUAAAGCUUAUGUUUUCUUCCUUUAAAAGCCUACAGAGAACCAUCAAAUGCAAUCGAUCCAACAUAAAAUCUCAUUUUAUAAAAUGUAACUGUUAUCAACUGUGGGCUAUAGGACAAAAAAAUAACAGGCUACUCUUUCACAAACAUCUGGAAAGGGCUAUUGUGACAAUUACUGUUAUUAGGCAAAUUACAAAAUACAAUGAAUGGACAUUACACGUCUCCAACUCUCACAGAGAGAAUAAAUACUGCAUUUGUACGUCUGCUUUCAAUACUAUUACAAUCACUAAGGUGAAUCUAUUCCUCGUACACUCCUAGCAUUUCAGUGUAAUUUCACCGUGCCAUUCUUCUGUUCUCUGAUUAGUCCCACAUCUUCAGCAUCAUGUCGGACAGAAAAGAAGAAUAAAAACAAACAAGCAUGCAAGAUGUUUUUAACUUUAAAACUUUGUUUCAGAAAUUUGAUAUAACUGUCUUAAACUUUGCAAUAGCAUACAGCCUGACAGAUAACAAAGAUGUCUUAAAACAUUCUAAAUACAUCUUUGGCACAAAUAGCAAUUCUUCCAAGUAAAAUGGCUUAACUUUUAGCAAAAAAAAAUGUCUUGAUUAAAAUUAAAUUCAGGACUUUUCCCGCAAAGCAAGCCGUAUUCUCUACAUGCUAAGUUUAAUGGUUCAGUGACACAGAGGUAAACUAAAUGUACGGAUAUUUGUAAAAAAUAAAAUAAAACACUCCAUCUGAUGUAAAGUUCAAUCUUUACUUCACUUUACUUUCUGUACAUUUAAAAAUUGACAUGUUUUGAAAUCAAAAAUGCAAAAGAUUUUCCUUUAAGGAUUGCUUUAAACAUGAAGCUGCAUGUAUUGUACAACAUUCAGUGUCCGACAAACUGGUAAUGCACAUAAACAUGAGCAGGACGAAAAGUAUCAAAUAUCUCCCAGUGUUCUUUCAGAAAAUGCCACGACUGAUCAUUUUACAUAAUCACACAGCCCACUGAGAAGUCGAGUGCACCCGGUGCUACACUGCACACUCAGCGAGGCUUGCAUACUAAAAGAGGGAAGUCAGGAUGGUGAGAGCUCACAGAGGACAGGCAGGGGGCUACCCUGACCGAACCUCGAGACAUGUUCCCAAACCUACAUGUACAUGUGUUUUUGCCUUCUUUUAAACAUCUGAACAGCAAGUUUGAACCACCAUCCCUCAUCUUUUUUGUUCUAGAUGAAGACAGAACAUGGAAUUUGGAAAGACGCUUGAGCAUUCAUCCCAUGUACAACUUGCCUUUACAAUCUGGACUUGUGCACUCAUGACAUUAUGUCUGAGUAAACACCAUUGUGCCCUUUAACAAUUUCACUUGAAUAAAAAGAAAUUCUAAUUUCUGGUGAGAAAAGGCAAAAAAAGAUGGGCUCGCCACCACUGAACAGAACUUGUGCUAAGUGCGCAGCAGGGACUUUGGGAGUAAAGGGCAGAGCAGGAUUCAGCAGGUCAGUUUAGACAUGGGGAGGGCUACAACUCAUCAGAGUCACACUACACAACACACACUGAACACUGAAGGUGACAGCACAGGAGAUGGCAUAGGGAAGAACUUGUGAGGAGAGGACUCCUAAGAUAAUCAGUCGUAACAUAAAAUGCACUUUCAAACAAGAACUGAAAAGAAAAGCUCAACAAUGCAUGCCAAAUUGUCACAGAGAUACAAAUUAACUCUCGAAGGAUUAGGUGCUGACCAAAAACAGGUAAUAGAGGGGUUUUUUUUGUUUUUUUUUUGCUUUACCUCCUGUGUUUAGGCCUGUGUAGAUGGCGUGUUUACCAACAUAACAUCUACACGUUUGCCUACUGCGUCUCACCAUCAAAUAGAUUAAGUUGAAACAACAGAGGAGGAAAAUGUCAAGUUUGACUUGAGAGUCCAACUUGCAAUCGGGCAACAACACAUUCAUGUAGUUACCAUUCUUGAAACACACCUUAAACUGUGCUAAGCAAAAAGAAAGAACAAAUGUUUAAAAGCACUCAGUAAAAAUGUAUGAAACAGACAGGUAGAGAGGCAUUUGGUGAAACUGAGAGAAACAGCAUGUUGCUGGUUCCAGAUAGGGAAUAGUUUGGAGUCUGUUUUUUUUUUAAAAUAAGUUUUUCAACACCUUCUACCUAGCUGUUAAAUGUCUCGGGCCAAUUUUUACAGCGUACCACAACCUCACGGCGCAUGUCCUGCCACCAUACAGAGCCUCUCGGAGUAUUGUAGUGUAUUAUUUUUGGACACGAUGUGCUAUAAGUAAAAGAUGAUAUUAUUAUUAUGGUAAAUGCUAUUAGAUUCUUCAGUCUAAUAACAGUAAAACCAGAUGUGAAACAUACGUAUAAAAUACAUAAUGGUAUAAUAUGUAUGAAAUCUAUCACAAAAUAAAGAGGGUAAGAUGUGGAGCAAAAAGUUUGAACAUGUGUGGACAUGUUCUCUGUAAAAGAUGGCCUGAUGAUCACUUAAUGCGCAUGUCUUCUGUAAACUGUUCCGGGGUGAAAUAUGAUAACCUGAUGUUAUGAUCUGACCAACAGAUUGAGAAAAGUUUAACCGUGUCAAAACUGCCACUCCUAUCACACGCCCUAUAGGCGUGGAAAAAUGACCGACACUCACAGCAUAAAAAAUGGUGCACAGCUCAGUAUCUUCAGUUCUUCUUGUGUUAUCACUGCUAAGAAUUACUCCUGGAUUUAUUGUUUUUUUGGUUGACAAAUAAAUCCUGCUGCCCUUCGAAUGCUGACUUCUCUUGGUGAUUUUUUGAAGACUUCAUUUACACUUCAGUUGAGGAGCUUGGUACUCUCGGAGGAAAGCCUGUGAACCACUUGUAAGCUGGAAUAAUUUAGUUGCAUUUAUGGCUGACAGACGUAGUCAUCAAGUGAAGCCUGAGCUGCUAAAACAAGUCACCGGCAAUCUCUUCGACUGUCCCAACGAUGAGGCGCUGGCGCACUGUAUUAGUGCGGACUGUCGCAUGGGAGCGGGCAUAGCGGUGCUGUUUAAACAGAAGUUUCAAGGUGUUUCCGAGCUACUGAAACAGAGGAAGGCGCCUGGUCAAUGUGCUGUGCUACUGAGAGAAGGCCGUUUCAUCUACUAUCUAGUUACAAAACAAAGAGCCUUUCAUAAACCCACAUAUACCAGUCUCUACAGCCUUGAGGAUUUGAGGUCACAUUGUAUACGGAAUGAAGUACACAAGCUGUCGAUGCCUCGUAUUGGCUGCGGCUUGGAUCAACUGGAGUGGACCGAGGUAGCCAAGAUAUUGGAACGGGUCUUUAUGGGCACUGGCAUUACCAUCACAAUAUACAGCCUUCCUUGGACAGCAGCAUCUGUGAACUAGCUACCAAUGGAUUGUCCAGAUGUUGCUUGCCAAUGCUAGGAAACUAAUAUUGGCUACCUAUCUACAAUAAAGAGAUGUACUGUA